CUGGUGCUCAUGGAAAUAUUUUUUUUUUUUUCCCCUCUCUCUCCCUUGCAGUGAACACCUACCUCUUCAUGAUGCAAGCCCAAGGCAUCAUGAUUCGGGAAAACAUGCGAACAAUAGGAGCUCAGGUGUACGAGCAGGUGGUCCGCAGUGCCUAUGCCAAGAGGAACAGCAGCGUGAAUGACUCAGAUUAUCCUCUUGAUCUGAACCACAACGACACCUUUCUGCAAGCCACAACGUUUCUUCCUGAAGACUUUACCUACUUCCCUAACCACACCUGUCCCGAGAGGCUCCCUUCUAUGAAGGGCCCCAUUGAUGUAAAUAUGAGCGAGAUCACGAUGGAGGAUAUCCACCAGUUCUUCUCAAAAGACCCUUCCAUCAAGCUGGGAGGCCACUGGAAGCCGAGUGACUGCCUGCCGCGCUGGAAGGUGGCGAUCCUGAUCCCAUUCCGCAACCGAUACGAGCAUCUUCCUGUCCUCUUCAGACACCUCAUUCCUAUGCUGCAGCGGCAACGUUUACAGUUCGCCUUCUACGUUGUGGAACAAGCUGGAACCCAGCCCUUUAACCGUGCCAUGCUCUUCAACGUUGGCUUUCGGGAAGCAAUGAAGGACUUGGACUGGGACUGUCUCAUCUUUCACGAUGUGGACCACAUACCAGAAAAUGACCGGAACUAUUAUGGGUGUGGACAGAUGCCAAGGCACUUUGCAGCCAAACUGGAUAAGUACAUGUAUCUGCUCCCUUACAACGAGUUCUUUGGUGGGGUGAGCGGCCUGACUGUCGAGCAGUUUCAGAAGAUCAAUGGUUUCCCUAAUGCCUUCUGGGGCUGGGGCGGUGAAGAUGACGACCUCUGGAACAGAGUGCAGUAUGCAGGCUACUCGGUGACUCGACCAGAAGGAGACACAGGGAAAUACAAAUCAAUUCCCCACCAUCAUCGAGGAGAAGUGCAGUUCCUAGGAAGGUACGCCUUGCUGAGGAAGUCGAAAGAAAGGCAAGCCCUGGACGGCCUCAAUAACUUGAACUACUUUCCAAACGUCACAUAUGACGCCUUGUAUAAGAACAUCACUGUUAACCUGACACCGGAGCUGGCUCUGGUGACCGAAUAUUAAGAGGAGAAAAUAACUUUGCUCUGCCCUUCACCAAGAAAGCACCACGCUAGACUUACUUUUCCAAGGGUUAUCGAGGACAAGCAACACUUUGUCUAAUGAAGGAUCACAGUAUUUUGGAGAAUAAGGCUGAAAGUGCACGCACAAAUUGCCCUAGCUGUACCAAUCCAGCCCGAUACCCAUGCAGCGAGCU